CACCCGCCCCCUAGACUCCCCUUUGCCCGCAGAGCCUCUGGCGUCUCUGAUCAGAGCAAGGAGCAGGAGUCAGGGACCGGGAGAUCGCAAAGCCCCGCGCCCUUGGGGCACCCAAGAACCACGAGGAGCCCCCAGGGCGCAGAGAGCCCCUGAGACGCUCACGUCGGGGUCUCAGCCUAGGGACCCCCUCACUCGCACCCCGACUCCCCCCCCCCCAACGCACCUGCUGUGCUGCACAGGGAUGUAGGAGGCAGCGCCUUGGACCCCCUCGCAUCGCUGACGGUCGCGCAGAGAGAGAGAUAGUUCAUUUGUAGUCGACGAAGCCGGGAAACUGGGUUUGAUUCUGGAUCUGGGUUUGAGAUUAAAGUGUGAAUCUGGGCCUGGGUUAGAGCCAGGGUUUGGGUUUCGGGGUCUAGGCUCAGAUGAUCUAAGUCUAGUUCAAGUCUAGGUCUAAUCUAUAUCUUGGGUUCGGGCUACGAAUUAAGGAUCGAGGCUGGUUUCGAGUCUAUUCGAGCCAGGGCUAUAGGCUCUGACAUUAGUAGUCUUGGUUCUGGGCCAGGUAUCACCUCGGUAUAAGACGUGGGAGGCAGGGUCAUUAGUCUGGGUCCGAGUCACAGCCCAGAGAUCUUGGCUACGAGACGGGGGGGGGGGGGGGUGCUGCGUUCGAGGCAGAGAAGUCCGACUCCGCUCCAGCCCUCUCAUCCCCCCGCCAACUUCGAGCGCGCCAUGGAACGACCCCAGACGCGGAGCCACUCGCCGCUCCUCCGCCACUGGCUGCUCGCCUGCUGCUGCUGCUGCUGCUGCUCGCUCCUCCUCGCCGGGGCCGCAUCCCCGCGGGGUUCCGCGCCGGCUCCCCUCGCCGGGAGCUGCCCGCGACUCUGCCGCUGCGACCUCGGCUCCAUCUCCUGCACGGCGCCCGGCGCCAUCAGCGCGGUGCGACAGCUCACGAACGCGUGGCGAGCAGUGGAUGGAGACGCUGAUGACGACGACGACGACGACGAGUACGAUGGGGAUGGGGGGAAAGAGGACCACUAUGGCGAGAAGGAGGAGGAGGAGGAGGAGAUGGAACGGGAGCAAGAGCGCUGGCGUCACGCAGACAACAUCACGCGCAUAAUAAUCCACAACCAGACGGAGCUGGGAGAGCUGGCGGAGGGAGACCUGGGGAGCUUUCCUCACCUGCGGGAGCUAUCCAUCGUGGCAUCAGGACUGCGCUCCGUCUCCCCGAGAGCCUUCCAACUCAACACGGAGCUACAGAGCAUAGACGUCUCCGCCAACAACCUGAGCUCCUUGCCCUGGGCCGCCCUGCACGGCCUCCACCUUUCCCGUCUAACGGUGAGAGGGAACCCGCUGGCCUGCACCUGUCAGUUGUCGUGGCUGCGCGCCAUGGCGGGGGUGGCCCUGCUCCUCCCCCACAGCGGGGAGUUCCACUCCCACUGCGGGGAGGAAGAAGCGACGGCGGCAGCAGCCGCGGGAGGAGGUGGUGGUGCAGGGAAUUCCAGCCGGGAGUCCGUGAGCCCCUCCAGGGAGCUGUGCGGCCAGGAGGAGCCCUCCUCGGUGGAGCUGCGCUGGGCUGGAGGCGGCGCGGUGAGGGAGGGCGAGGAGGCUGAGCUCACGUGCGUCUCCCGUGCGCGCCCCUCCCCCAUCCUCACCUGGGACCAGUCGGCGCUGAGCACUCACACAUUCGGGAUCUCUGGACUGGGCAAAAUCCUCUCCACCUCCUCCUCCACCACCUCGUCCUCCUCCUCGUUCACCAUCUCCAGAACCUCCUCGGAGAACUCCUCCACCUCUACGCUCCUCCUCCUUAACGUCUCCGCCGAGCAGGACGGAGCGGUGGUCACGUGCGUGGCCUAUAACCCCUUCGGAGAAAGGAACGCCUCGAUUCGACUCCGCGUCCUGUUCCCCCCGUCGAUCGUGUCGAUGGAGGACCCCGAGCGGCACCACCACUGGUGCGUGCCGUUCGUGGCGCGCGGCAACCCCUGGCCCAGCCUCGCGUGGAGCAAGAACGGCGAGCCGCUGGCCGAGUCGCCGCUCGUCUUCACGCGCCUCCUGGGCCACGCGGGGGCCUCGCGGCGGCCCGGCUGCCUCCACCUGGACGCGGCGACGCACAUCGACAACGGCAACUACACGCUGAGGGUCAGCAGCGAGCUGGGCUGGGACGAGCGCACCGUCGCCUGCCACUUCCAGGAUCGCCCCCACGGGAUAGGUCCCGAGGAAGACGAACACUUCUACGACCCUUACCCAGAGGGCCCCGACAGCAACAGCACGGGACCCCCGGCGGUGACGGGGCGUGUGGUCGACAGCGUGGCGGCGUACGUGGCGGUCGGGGUGGCUGCGUUUGCGUGCGCGAUGCUCACUCUGCUCUGCGUCUUCAGCAGCAAAUACGCGCGGCGCUCCAAGUUCAACAUGCAGGGCGGCUGUAAGAUGCUCUCUGACGAAGACUCGGCGAGUCCCCUCCACCACCCUGCUCCGCACGCCGCCACUCACCCCCCUUCGCAGGUCGUGAUGUCGCGCUCGCUCUCCCUGGACGGGGCGUCGGACGCAGUGGUGAUCGGCAUGACGCGGAUUCCCGUCAUCGAGAACCCCCAGUACUUCCGCCAGACCGACCCCCUCCUCAAGGCCAGCGACACCUUCGUGCAGCACAUCACGCGGAGGGACAUCGUGCUGAAGAGCGAGCUGGGGGAGGGAGCCUUUGGGAAAGUCUUCCUGGCCGAGUGUUUCAAUCUGAGCGCUGAGAAGGAGAGCAUCCUGGUGGCCGUCAAGACCCUGAAGGACGGCAGCGACGCGGCGAGGAAGGACUUCCAGCGCGAGGCGGAGCUGCUGACCAACCUGCGGCACGAGCACAUCGUGCGCUUCCACGGCGUGUGCGUGGACGGGGAGCCGCUCGGCAUGGUGUUCGAGUACAUGCGGCACGGAGACCUCAACAAGUUCCUCAGGGCUCACGGGCCGGACGCCGCGUUCCUGUCGGAGCGGGCGGGCGAGCGCCUCUCCUCGGGCCAGAUGUUGCACCUGGGCCGCCAGGUGGCGGCCGGAGUGGCCUACCUGGCAUCGCAGCACUUCGUGCACCGCGACCUCGCAACUCGCAACUGCCUCGUCGGCGAGCACCUGCUCGUCAAGAUCGGAGACUUCGGCAUGUCCCGCGACGUCUACAGCACCGACUACUACCGAGUCGGGGGCCACACGAUGCUGCCCAUUCGUUGGAUGCCCCCCGAGAGCAUCAUGUACCGCAAGUUCACGACGGAGAGUGACGUGUGGAGCCUCGGGGUCGUGCUCUGGGAGAUCUUCACUUUCGGCAAGCAGCCCUGGUACCAGCUCUCCAACAACGAGGUGGUGGAGUGCAUCACGCAGGGCCGCGUGCUGGAGCGCCCUCGCACCUGCCCCACGCUCGUCUACGAGCUCAUGAUGGGCUGCUGGCGCCGCGAGCCGCAGCAGCGACUCAAGAUCGGGGCCAUCGAGGAGCAGCUGCUGGCGCUCGCCAAGUCGUCGCCGCCCUACGUGCACGUGAUCGCGUGAGGGACGGCGCCGGCCGCGCCGUGGCUCGCUUUGGGAGUGUUACCUGUGGGGGGGGGGGGGGCGGGCGACGUGGUCUCGCUUUUGGGGACCACGUGGUGCGUCGCUCUUGCGUGACGUCACCUGGGUCACCUGGGGGUCGGGUGACGCCUUGCAUGAAAGAUCGCUCGGGGCAUCGCCGAAGCCGCCGCCUGGGUCAUCGCGUGAGACACCGUGCGAUGGGACGGGCGAUGGCUGACGAUGGCUCACGCGAGAGAUCGCCUCGUCAUCGCUUGCGAUGUCACCUGGCUACUUACCUGUGACAUCACUGGGGAUAUCACCUGGUAAUCACGUGAGACAUCACUGGGGACAUCACCUGGUAAUCACGUGACUGGGGACAUCACCUGGUAAUCACGUGAGACAUCACUGGGGACAUCACCUGGUAAUCACGUGACUGGGGACAUCACCUGGUAAUCACGUGAGACAUCACUGGGGACAUCACCUGGUAAUCACGUGAGACAUCACUGGGGACAUCACCUGGUAAUCACAUGAGACAUCACUGGGGACAUCACCUGGUAAUCACGUGACUGGGGACAUCACCUGGUAAUCACGUGAGACAUCACUGGGGACAUCACCUGGUAAUCACGUGAGACAUCACUGGGGACAUCACCUGGUAAUCACGUGACUGGGGACAUCACCUAGUAAUCACGUGAGACAUCACUGGGGACAUCACCAAGGACGGGUGAUGUCUCUCUUGAGACAUUGUCGUCUGAGGUUUCACUUAAGCCAUCACCUGGGUCAUCACCUGCUGCAUCACCACCAGGUAGAGGUGGUGAGUUCUCACUACGAGAGAUGAAUUGGCCUUCGCGUCAAUUGCUUGUGACAUCACCAGGGUCAUUCGCCAGUAGGGACCUCGUGGAAGGGUCUAGAGAGUGACGGAUGAUGUGUGGAGGUCCCAAGAGGAUUAGAGUGGGACCGUGUGAUGGUGGUGAUGAAGGUGAUGAUUGUGAUGAUGAUGAUGUUUGGAACCACUACCCCGGAACACACACUGCAGUUGCUGUAUACCCUAAAGUAUUAUCGUGGCUAAUGCCAGUCGUAGUGGUGGUAGUAAUUCUCGUAUGGUCGCCACCGGUGUAUCAACUUACGAAGUCUCGGCGGGCCGGAGGAUAUUUAUUAUUUAUUAACUUACAUACCAACACGAGAAAGACGCUGCUACUGCUGAGAAAUGACUCCGAUCUGCACGCUGACAAUCGCUUCAUCGCUUCACCUGUGCGGACACAAACCUCGUCGUGGCGACGCAUCGCGAGCGCACACCUCAUCCAGCAGCGGAUUGACAACGUCUCACACUCUCACGACGGCUCCACCAUCACCAUCACCACCAACUCCUCUACAUCUCACGAAUCUCGCGCGCGGUGAGAAACGCGAGGCAAAUCUCUGUCGCUGAUUUGUCGGGCGCAGUGUGCCGAGGUCGGCUUCGUUUCGUGCUGCUCUGCACCUCAGCACCGCUCUUUGUGUCCCGCAACUCCACUCCUCACGACCUGCCACGGGCCACACGUUAACGCGUUAUCUUAAAAUAUAUAUAUAUACACACAGUGUACUGUCUUACCGUUCCAAAGACAAACGAUGACAACUAUUCAACUAUUUUACCAGGUAAGGCCCCACUGAGCAAAAUAUUGCUCCAUUUUUCAGAAGCGGCCUGGCGAUCACCAAUGAUAGCUCAACGAAGAUGGCUCGUCGUCACGUGGACAUUUACAGCAGCUGAACACUCUUAAAGGCACGUUUCUCAACGUGGAGGGGGAAAUCCACAAUGUGCGUCAUUACACGCUGCACGCACCUGAUGAUUGAUAUACAACUCCAACAAGUCGGAGAUCGUGCGAGACGGGGGGGGGGGGGGGGCAGGGGGGGGUGACGUGGUCUCGUUGCGGUGGCGUCGUUCGCCGCUUGCUGCAGAGGUGUCACGGUUUGAAUCGGGUUGGCCGCCCUGGUUAAUACUGCGUUGUGUAACAACCCACACCGAUACUACGCCCCAUCUAUUACGGAUCUCUUGACGUCAUUCGCGGGAGUUAGGUGUCAGGGUCCGAAUUCGCCCAAUUCGAAAAUGACACCGCACGUGACUGAAUCGGGACUGUGUGUAGCGAGCAUCGGCCGCUCCUGGCAGCAGGCGAAUAGCCCCGCUCACGCUUGCAAAUGAGACUCCUAUCCUGCUCCCUUGAGGUCUCACCUGGUUCAACAAAUAAACGUGUCUGUACGUGUGCGUCACACUAUAACGUAACGCAAUCGCGCGCGCGCGCGUACGUGACACGUGCGUACCAAUCAUCAGGCGCGUGCAGCGUGUAUAGAAUUUUUAUUAAACAAAAAUAUCAAUAUAUUUGGUCGACGCGGUGUGGGUCGCGAGAACUUUACAUUUUUUUGAGAAGGCCAAGCUGUGGAGCAUCACGCCGUCUUGUCUACGGGGCGAUGGGUGUAAUCAUCUUCAUUGAGCGGCCUGAAGGAACGCGUACAUACACACACACACGCGCGCGAAUAUAUAAAUAUUACACACGAGUAUAAAUAAGUGUAAAUUAUAACCAGACGUAUCAAUCGCUUCUUUCACAGAUGAAUGUUUAACGCUUCGUGUGAGUGAGUAAAUUGUAAUGAUCAUAGUCUCGAGACGAACACUGACAAUCGGGUGGGGGGAGGGAGGGGAGGGGGGCUUACCUGUUUGAAUAGUUCGGCUCAGCCUCAACGAAGCACGCUCUGCGUCAUGUGGAGCAUCCCCGUCAUCGCUGGAUCCAUCAGAUCGCCACUCGUCAAUCAGAAAUGGCAUCGUCGUCAUUAUUCUAAUCAAUGAUAAUCGUCAUCAUCGCCGUCAUUGUCGUCACCAUCAAAAUAAUCAUCUAUCGGUGAUCAUGAUCAUAACUCAUCAUCAUCCAAUCGUCAUCAUCCAUCGAUCAGCGCUGUAGAUACCAUCAUAAUCUUACAUCACACCAUUGUCUUCGUCAUCACCAUGAACCUAUUGUAUUGAUUGACUUCAUCCACAAUCAUCCUCUCACUCAUCAUCAAUAAU